AUGACUGCAAGAAUAGUUUUCCGUAUCUCCGUCCUGGUUCUCCUGCUUUACAGCGCAGUAACUCAGAAAUGUCCUGGAGGUGGUCCAUCCGAGAGAUCCAUCUUGGGCUGGAUGUUACAGGGACACGUGUACGACACUCUUCUCGCUGAACGCCCGUUUACCUGCGUAUUGAAGUGUCGAGAAGAUAAUCGAUGCCAAAGUUUGAACUGGGUUAUCUCUCUUCUAACGUGCGAAUUAAACAACAGGACAAAGGAAGCCAGACCUGAGGACUUCAUUCCAAACCCAGACAGAUCUUACUAUCGACGUGAUUUAGAACAAGGUGAGCCUGCAUAAAGUAAAAACUAUGCAAGAGUAAAAUUAAAGUAAACUGAUAAAAUAAACACUGCUUUUAACCUUACAGUUCCACUCGGCUCUAUUCAAGAACUACCAGCUGAGUCUUGUGACGAAAUAAGGAGAAGUGAAGGACACGCUGUCAGUGGGAAAUACUGGUUUUCCACGAUAAAAUCUGGUACAUCCGUUCUGGCUUAUUGCAAUAUGGAUACCACCGGUACGUUAAGCCUUCGACCGAUGAAAAGUAAGCCUGGACUAGGCUCGUCUCCGUUCGCACCCCCGAUUUUUAUUAUUAUUAUCAUUAUUUUUAUUUUCUAUUUUCUGUUCUUUUUCCCGCCUUUUUCCCCCCUGUGAAGACUGGCCUCAGACAAACAAAAAGUCAGUAUCACAACAUAAUUCGAGGUUACUUUUCCGACUUCGGGCAUGCACAACUGUAUCCGUUCUAAGAUAAUACCACAGAUGAAUGAUGUUAUAGGAUGACAACGUAGUUUUGUAGGUUUAGAAUUUUGUUGUUAUUUAUAUUAUGUAAAGCGCUUUUGGACCAUUGGGAAUUUUUAUAGAAUGACAAUGUAGUUUUGUAGGUUUAGGAUUUUGUUGUUAUUUUUAUUAUGUAAAGCGCUUUUGGACCAUUGGGAAUUAGCGCUCUAUAAAUACUGUAUAUUAUUAUUAUUAUUAUUAAUAUUAAUGACUCAUAGCUUGAACUUUUGUAUAAAGCCUCAUAAACUAAGUUUUGUUAAAGCAUGGGCUUAAGUUACACGCACAGGGAUAGAAAGUCUGAAUUUUUUUCUUAUACCAACCAAAUAGAAAUCUCACCAAUGGUCCUUUUAGAACACCCUAUAUUCUUCCCAUAGCAGUUUAGGGAUAUGUGUUCCCUUUUCAGAUGUUGACGAAUGUAGUGCUUCUUCUCCUGUAUGUGACAGCAAUGCGAACUGCUCCAAUACUCGUGGAUCGUAUAUCUGUACCUGCAGGGCAGGAUAUAGAGGCGAUGGAAAAACAUGCCAAGGUAGGUUUGAAAAUGCCAGGUUAACACAGAGGGUUAGGGAAGUCUUUUAAUCUUACAUCUUGUGGCAACAAUGAAAAAACUUUCCUAGCAACCUUUAAUUUUAUCCGACAAUGGCGGCUGUUAAGAACGGCUAUUAACAACAGCCGUCGAAUUUUUGUUUUCGCAGCCACGUGAGAUCAUGCCUUGGGCUAUGUUUCGUACCUUCUGUACUUACUAGACUCAUUAAUAGAAAAUCAUGAAACAAAAUAGGCAAAAAAUUAACAAAUGAUGGAGAAUAUUUGAUACGGCCUGUGUAGAACGCCAUGACCCACUUUAAUUAUACCCAAAAAGUGAAAACAGCUACAGCAAAUGCAGUAAACUAAAGCUACAUGUAAGCCUACAGGGGUGGCCAGAAAAAACCUCUCCCAAACAACCUCGUCGGGGAAAAGACAAGAAAUUUGGGACGGGCAAGGCACAACUUACUUCGUUGGCUGCAUAAAAAGUCUGCACAAGUGAACAAAACCUAGAGACUGUAUAGGCUGCGCGUAAUAUCCCACAGGUUUAUUUUAUAAUAGUAAUACCAGAGUUUAAUACCACUGACUCCUAGAAGGAACUUUUGUAUAAAGCUUCAUAAACCAAGUUUUGUUAAAGCAAGGACUUAAGUUACACGAGCGGGGAUAAAGAGUCUGAAAUUUUUCUUUAUACCAACGAAAUAAAUGGCCAGAAAAAAACCUGUCCGAAGCAACCUGUAGGGAAAAAAGACAGGAAAUCUGGGGCGGGAAAGGCACAGCUUACUUCGUUGGCUGCAUAAAAGGCCUGCUCAAGUGAACAAAACCUAGAGGCUAUACAGGCUGCACGUAGUAAUUUGCAAACAAUGCACCAGACGUUGUGCAAAUGAAUACUGGCUUGACCUCAGCUCUGUGCUAGCAUUCAGUUUGCUUUUGAGACAGGUAAUACCAAGGCUAUGUAGAAGGAAUCAACCAGGCACUUGGUCCUUCUCAGAAGGAAACAGCCCCCUUCAAAUCUGCUACAGGCGAGAUAAUUAUCCAGGAAGGAGCGCAACAGAAAGAGCGCUUUGUAGACUAUUAUUUUGAGCUGUAUGCCAGAGAGGUGGUGCCUGAAGAAGCCCUGAUGAACGUCAUAAAAUGCUAACCUGUUCUGGAGGAGCUGGAUAUUGAACCUACAGAAGAGGAGGUGAAAGAGGCCCUGGGUUCGCUUUCCUCUGGAAAAGCGCCCUGUCAGGACGGUUUUCCAGCUGAAAUCCUGAAGUGCAUGCAGCAAAGACGAUGCCUUCAGCAAGCUCUACAAAAUCCUGUCUGUGCUGGCAAGAGGUUGAGGUACCAUAAGACAUGAGAGCGGCAAACAUAGGGACCGGAGAGACUGUUUCAACUACCAAUGCAAGGCAUCACACUCCUUACCAUCGCUGAAAAACUGUUUGUUCAAGUUGUCCUAAAGUGUCUCCAGGUGCUUGUAGAGGGAGUUCAUCCAGAGUCACACUGUGGUUUCCAUGACAGACGCUAAACUAUUGAUUUGAUAUUCUCCACCAGACAAUUACAUGAAAAAUGUGGGAAACAGAGACCCCACUGUACAUCUCAUUAAGUGGCCUCACUAAGGCUUUUGAUCUAGUAAGCAGAGUUGGGCUCUUCAAGAACCUCCCGAAAUUUGACUGCCUAGCGAAAAUCCUCGGUAUCAUCAAAUCUUUUCAUAAUGAUCAACCUCUGAUACCUUUAAUAUGGUUCCCACCUUAUUUGGAAUCGUCUUCGUCAUUCUGCUGAAACACGCCUCUGGACCUUCAACUGAAGGAAUGUACCUCCGCACGAGAUCUUAUGGUAAAUUCUUCAGCCUCACCAGAUGGAAAGCCAAGACCAAGAUUCGUGAGAAGCGCUUACGCAACUUCCUUUGCGCCCAUGAUGCAGCGCGACCACACACUCUGCGGAUAAAGUGCAACAACACAUGAAUCGCUUUGGCUCUCCCUGCAAGUAUUUCAGACUUACUAUCAACCUGAAGAAAACACGAGUAACUGGACAAGAUGUCACCAGUCCACCUAGCAUCAAAAUAUUUGACCAGCGGAUUGAAGUUGUUCAUGAUUCUACAACCAUUUGCUCUACUUGAAGAAGAAAGUCUCUGACUCCGCGAUAUUGAGUUAAACAAGAGAAUAGAAAAAGAAACAACCACGGUGUUUAGCCAUUCAAAGAGAGCAACAAACUGACCAAACACACCAAGGUCAUGGUAUAUAAAACUUGCGUGCCGAGCACCAUCUCGUGUGGUGGCGAUUCCUUGACAUUUCGUGUCAUCGAGAAACGCAAACGUAAGGAGGUUGAACUUAGUUUGGUUGGUUGUGAGUUGUUACCAUUCAUUGGGGUUUUCGUUACCAAUAUGAAGCUCAAAUUUGGCGCGGAUAAGAUACAUCUAUAACACAUUACGUUUAUUGGGUUAAAUGUCAGAUAUCGGUCGUUGCUAUGGUUACAUGCAGGGUUUCAAAAAGCACUGACGACCGCCGAAACGUGUCAAUUACUUUGCUCGGAGAAGCCGGCUACUUUUUUCCCAAAAGAAGAAACAACAGGUUUUAAUUAUUUCGUAAAAAAAGCUAUAAUAAUAUCAUAAAAUAUAAAUAAAACGGUAAUGAUAAUAUUGCAUAAAGGUAUGCAGUCUACUUGUAUUUUAUGUUUUUAUAGUUAAGAAAAUGCGGUGUUUUAGUCAUACCCCGCAAGCUAGGGACGUUUUGCUUAACCCAGUGACGAUGGAUUUUAAUAGAUUAGAGCACCUUAUUUUUGCCUAGCUAGGUGGUUCGUGGUUUCAAUUUUAUAGCUAUGCUUUUAAAAGUCGACAACAGUGAAAAUAAAUUCAACAAGAAAACGAGGCUGAAAGUAGCAGCCAUAUAAAUUCUGAGAAACGCACUCCACGAGAAAACCAACAUGCUCAUACAUCUCCUUAGACUUCUCCAAGAUACUUUUAGCAAAGCCUUGCCGUUUGUUUGCUUGAACGUUUGAACGACUAUUUCGGAAAACGAAACCUGUGCAAAUUUCUGUAAAGGUAAGUGUACUCGAAAUAACCGAAAGGCAAGUUUGGAACGCUGUAACUAAAUUAAAGCGAACGGCUACAGGUCCUGAUGACAUCCCUUUCUGGGUCUGGAAGGAUUAUGCCGAACUAUUAACGACAGUUAAAACUCAAGUCUGGAAUUUGCCGCUGUCAACUCACAGCUAGCUGGACUCUUGGAUCAGGGCGAACAUCAACCCCUUACCAAAGAUCGACCCCAUUAUCGCCAACGAGAAUUCUGACCGGUAUAGAAGCAUCAACGUCACGUCCGUGAUCGCAAGAACAUUCGAAAAAGUUGUGUACCACACCCAUGUUAAAGUGGUUAUAGAAAAGAACCUUAGCCCCACCCAAUUUGCAUGCAGGCAAGAGGGUAACUGCACAAACGCCUUAUCAUCUAUUCAACACCAUGUAUAUAGACACCUAGACAACAGUGACUGUAAGGCACUUCGUUUCUUUACAAUGGAUUUUAGCAAAGCGUUUGAUUCCGUAAAUCAUAGCAAGUUAUCAGCUAAACUUAAGCAGCUACCCCUCAAUCCUUACAUCGUUAACUUGUACCAUACAAUGUAGUUUUUUUGUUUGUUACGCAACAGCGAAUUUUCUACAAUAAUCAACUCUGUAACUGGAGGGUCGUUAACAAGGGAACCGCCCAACGAAGCGUAAGCGGGCCUUAUCUGUUUAAUAUAUUUUUGAAUGACCUAGAAAUUUCUUAUAACAAUGUUCCUGCUCAAUUAAAUAUGCUGAUGACUUUCCAGUAGUGUCUCCUGUUACCGUAAAGUUCCCAUAGUAGCGACCCUUGUUACUUUCGGGGUGUCGUUACUCUCGGGGGGUCGUUAUUUGCGGGAACCAAACACCAUAAAACAAAGUUGGCGCUAGCUCUUUCCAACAACAUUUUAUUUGUGUUAUAUGGUAUAAGUAACAGAGAUACACGUACUAAAUACAGCAAUAGUCAGAUUAAAAAAGAGAGCAAUGAUUAAAAAAUGAGAAGGAAUUCAUUUCUCCAGUUUCAUACGACGAAUGAUAAUUUCAGGCAUGCCAUGUUGUUGCCUUGUUUUAAAGUGCCGUAUCAUGAUAAAGUUGUAAGUGCACGAAGAUAUUUAUUUAGUAUUGUAGAUUAAAAAUUUGACUAUGGAUUGCAAAUAGAAUAAAACAACUGAUAAAGGCAUUCGGUAUGUUUAUAACGUAAUUUAAAAAAAAACUUAGUCUCGAUACUCUUUGCCGGGUCUCGCUACUUUCGGGGGGCUCGCUAUUUUCGGGAUUUAUAAGAAGUCACUAACUUUUGACGUUACUUUCGAGGGGUCGCUACUAUGGGAACUUUACGGUAGUUAUAAAUGUGAUCCGUCUGUUAACUUGUGGAACAUGUCUACAGAACAUGUCUUGCAAUCCGUAAAAAUGUAAAAAACUUACCUUCAGAUGAUAAGGCAACAAUUCUCAAUAAAAACCCGUAUUUGACGAGUGUAGCUAAAUGUCGUGGCUCGUGGGUACGUAGUGGGUAGAGGUUGUGUGUCGUGGGUGUGGGUAAAUGUCGUGGGUAAAAAAAAUAAAUAGCAAAAAGUUGUAAAAUUCAUGAAACGAAAAUCUCCGUUUACAUACCAGGAGUCCUAGUCCCCUUCCCCGCGGUCUGCAAAGCAAAUAAGCGAAUCCUUUAGUACAAACGGACACUAAAAAGACAUUUAGGCGAAAAAUAAAAGAAACUCUGUAAACUAUGUAAACCUGAAGCAGGCUAAACAAAAACUGGAGACUAAACUGCUCUUUCUCAAAGAUGUCAAUAUUCGUGACUGAAACGUCCUUUUCAGUUUAUGGAAUGAUGUUCAGAAUCGUUACAGCAAAUAUUUUAUUAAAAAAAAAAAUCAAAACAAAAAAUAAUCGAGAAAAUUGAUAUUUCCGCACGGCAAUAAAAUUUACAUACAGUCUAGCCUUGACUUGAAAGGUUGAGCAUGAAAGUGGUUCCUUCGUAAUCUAAGAGACCUAAAACGUCUUUAAGAAAGACUUCUAUCCAAAAAAAAAUAUGAAAUAGCUCAAAUUGUCUUUUUUUUCCUCACUUCCCUCCCCUUUCCCAUUGAUUGCAUUCUAUCAUGUUAAAAAAUCUCCUCUGAUAAUUGGGAUUGUAUACGUAGAUAGAAUUAAGAGUAAUUAUAGUAAGCAGCUACAACCAGCCUAGGGCAGGAGGUUAAAACAGCUAUUUCCAUUCAGCGAGUCAGAGCUGUCCCAUACUUUCUGCAAAUUGCACUUUUCGACAUACUUUACGUCUGUUUCGAUUAUUUCGCGGUGAUCGCUCAGACAUGGAUAAAUCUUCAUCAGUAACAUGUCUUUUAUACAGUGAUGUAGCGAAAGAGGACCCAAGUCCCACGUGGCUAAGAAAAUAUCAGGAAGAAGACGAAGAAGAAGCCGCGAAAAGUCGGACAAUCAAGGAGUCGAAGAUUUUUGUUUCAUAAAUAUUUUACAUAUUUUUCUACUUUUUUUUUUAAUUACUUUACUUAAUCAUUUUUUUGUAUACUUUUUUUACCCACGACAUUUACCCACACCCACAACCCACGACAUUUAGCUACACUCGCAGUUUUGUCGUCCUAUGGAAAUAAUACAACAGGAGUAUCGUAGAUAAUCUGUGUAAAGUGCCAGCGGGAAGUUUUAAAAUUUUCGAAAUGGAAAAAAUUCCGGAAAAAAAAAUGUAACGAAGGCCUAAGAAAUCAGUUUGGAGAGUGCCACUUGACACGACAGAAGCGCUGCGCUAAGGAUUCUCAGGCCGAGUCAGGUCUAACAGACGGACUGAAAAAAAAUCCGCUUUGCCUUAGCAGCUUCAGGCUUAAGAAGAACGCAGAACUCACAUUUGCACUGAAGCGAUUGAUAAACCGACAUUCAAAGGACACAGCAUCGUAACGAAUUUUAAAUCAUGCUUCUACCAAAGAUGUGACAAAACUAAGGUUAAAGAAUUCAUGCUGAGUACAGCGACACAUUGUACUGUGAGAUCGCGUAAACUUCAACUGUACGGAGAUAUUAAAAGGCGAUAUCUUAGAUAACAGCAGCUGUGGAAAAUUAUCAUAAUUACUUUUGCACGAAUCUUAUAAAGGAACAAUUUAUUCAACAGGCGGGAAUACGCGCGUCUUGACUAUUGCAUAAAGGUGCUGCUAAACUUACACAUUUUUCCUUUACUGAACAUAAACUGUACCGAGGCGUGUCUUGGUCCGCUACAUAGAGGCUAUAUCAUCGUUUAAUUUUUAAAGUGUAAAAUCCCUGAAAAAGUUCUCCUCACUGAAGCAACAGGUAAAAGAUUUUCAUUUUUCGGCCUGGAACCCUAUGUGAGUUUUGCAUCGAGGCAAAUAUAACUCUUACCCUCCCCCCAAAAAACAUUUUUCAUUACUUCACACUCACCGAAGUUUCAAAUUUGCCGCCUCGGUAGUCAUCGGAAUUUUGCAUGCGUGAAGACGCCAUUGUUUAAACCAUUUCAAAAAUGACCAAAUAUGGUCAGUUUUACAACAGAAAACAAACCCAUUGUUUUCGAGUUUGAUCCGCUUUUCUUGAUACUAAUGGUGACGUGUUUAGCAGCACACACAGUAUAUGCAACUACAAUUUGGUCCAAUGAUGGCGACGUCAGCGACAACAAAUAAUGAAUUCGCGUUCUUUUAAUCGUGAUUAUUAUUCAUUCAAAGUAUUUCCCCGAUUCUGAUUGGCUAAAAGAACACGUUUGAUUCACCAUAACCAGUUACUGCUGACCAAAUUGGGAAGAAUUUUGUGUUUAGCGAGGAAAUGACGUCAAAAAUGUAGCGAGUUGCGGGUUAAUACACCGUUAACCGAGAAGACCUGGGGACGAGGUUGAGUUGUUUUGGUUGUGAACUUAAAAAAUGGCGGACAUUUCACUCGUUUCAAGAGUAAGAACUAGGCGAAAAAAUAGCUAAAAACAUGGCAGGAACAGCAAGAAGACAACUCGAAGGGCGACAUCCGCUACUUGGAGAAUAUUUGUGGAGCUGAACAACCCUAAACGUGCACUAUCAAAGAUGAACUUAACAUCGAUGAAUCAAUGGAGGUAAGCAUGUUUUAGCCAUGUUUUUAAACUAGGAAUUAUUUUGAGUGAAUAAUGAAACAUUUAUUGAAUUCGGCUUUCAUCUCAUAUGAAGAAUUAUGGAGAUCUCGGAGGGUGUUAUCCGCCUCGACCUACGGCCUCGAAGGAUAACACCCUCCUCGAUCUCCAUAAUUCUUCAAAAGAUACUCAGCCUCAUAUAUUAAUUGUUAAUUAUUCCAUCUCGCUAAUACUAAACUUUCGAAGUCAGAGUAUUAUGGAAUGCAUCCAAACUUAAAAAGAGAACGAAAAAUUGGUCAUGUUCUGUUUACCUUCUCCCAAAAAGCGUAAAUUAGGAAAUUUUACGUCGUAUUCGAUGUACAACACGAGAUUAAUUGUGAGGAUUUAUAGUGUGUGAACAAGCUAAGAUCUUUGUACCCUUUGUUUGUGUGUGUGGACUGAGUAAUCGUACGUACAUUUAUUAUAGGUGCGCUUACACACCAUGGUCAAAGGUAUUUGCCACGUUAGCAAAGCCGUGGUAAACUUUAACGUGGGUUUAGUUAACCGUGAUAAUGUGCGGUUACAAAUGAAUAAUUUCUAAGGUAAUUUAGACGCCUUUAAGGCUUCAUUCGCCCUUUUGCGGUAAUAAUCGCCUUCAGUCAUGGCAGUAUUUCAUGUUAUGUUGAAAAUUUGUGGGUAAUUUAGCUGAAAUUUCAAGUUAUAUGUUAACCCUUAUAAUUUAGCGAAGGUACAUAGCAUUUUUUUUUAAUCCUGACCCUGAUAUGUCUUUUUGCAAUUACAUCAAAUGGAAACUCGGAAACAAAUCCAAGCCUCAGAUGGGAUUCCAACCCAUCGUGAUCUAGUCGGAUGCUCUAACCAUUGAGCUACUGGAGACUCGAUGGCCAAGGCGAGUAAGGCCGAAAUGUGUUUCUUUUACAGUUCAGCUGCAUCCCACUUUUCAAAUAGACACAUACAUACAUAUUAAUUGGCUCGUCCCCACAAGGCUUUUCAGUGUCAAUGUUACAGCAAUAAUAUUAAACGCAGAAAGCCAAAACACAAAAAAUAAUUAACUAACUGUAGGAGGCAUCCAGGGAAGUCAUCUAAGUUGAUGCUUAAAACUUUUAACGGAUUCUCUUAGCUUGAGCUCUGGCUGCAACUUAUUCCAAAGGGACGUCGCUCUUAUUCGAAGGACCUUUGGCCACUAGCAGUGCGGAAGAGUGGUAUUAUCAACAUUUCUGAGUUAAGGUUGUCCUUGUCGAAACGGCCUAUCUUUUAACGAACUUUGAUGUUAAGUACGCUGAGGCACACCCAGUCAUGCACUUAAAUACUAAAACAGCAAGUCGAAGGUAUAGCUGUUGCUUGAGUAGGAGCCAGCAUUACAUGCCAGCAAUAGAACAUAUUUUUGCGAAAUAUCGUUCCUACAUCUGGCCCAAGAACCAGUUCAAAUUUCCGCCUUAAAAUGCCCCUGUUGCUUCCAUCUGAAAGUAAAAUCUGUCAUGUCAACAUCGAUUUUUCUCUCAACAGCGUGAAAGAAACCCGUUUAAAAAAUGCAAUUUUUUGCCUUUUCAUGUUGAUGUUAAAUGUAGAAACCUGAUUGGCUCUCUUGUCUUGGGUAUCGAAAAAUCCUAGCUAUUCACCACGUUAAAUAUCGUGGGCGGUUUCUUUCUCUUUUUGACUUAACCACAGAUGUAACAAGUUUAUCUCAGGAAAGUCCGGUCACACGACCCUCGCCAAUUUCCCGCGGUAAAAGGGUCAUUUACCAUGUAGCCUGUUCCAGGAUCUAAGAUAGUGGGGAGGACUCGACAAUGAAAGGUGCGCGAAAAGGGGGGCUGGGCUUGAAAAAGGAGAAGGGAAGAGGAGAGAGAGAGAGAGAGCCUUUAAUCAUUUCUUUUACGACACUCUUCCGCCCACUUCUGAGAUAAUUAGAUUUCGACUGUCAAACUGUUGAAAUGUACAUGAGUGAGGAUCUGUCUCAAAUUUCUCGCGCGAGUAUUUCGCGGGGCGCUUAUCGCUUCAGAGUGUAAAAAGGGGGUCAGUAGGCAACACACCACUCUUACCUCGUACCAAAUGCUGCUUGUUCCAACGAAUUUUUUCUUCUGGUGUGUAGAUUAUGCUCUGGAGGGUUCUACGUUUAAACUGAGCAAAUGUGAUUUUCGCCGCCUUUUUUCAGGCUGAGAGGUUGUGACACACAUAAUGACUUUUUUGCGGUUAUUGUUUCUGGUCGGCAUGAUUUGCCCUCUGAUGCACGACCUUUUUUGAAACGUAAAGUUCUUCUGUGAAAGGUUUGAACCCAGGAGUCAUUUCAUAAGUAGGUUGAGUUUGAUCGUCCGGAUGAACGCAGUCCUGAAUAGGACUGUUGUUGUUGACAGUAACUGACGUUUCGACAACCUGUGCGGUAGUCACCUUCAGAGUCAAAGUGAGUUGCAUCACGUCAGUUGAUGAUAUAAUAUCAAUGACCUGUCAUCAUUUCAGAGUAUAGUAUAAUAUAAUAAUAGUAUAACAUGAUAGUAUAAUUAACAAUUAUUCCUCGAGCCCGAAUUGCCUCUGAGUCAAUGGCCAAUGAGGCCGAAGGCCGAAUGGGCUAUUGACUUAGAGGCCAUGAGGGCGAGAGGAAUAAUUGUUUUGGUAAAAUCCAACUAGUUGGUCAAAAAUAUCGAGCAUAAAAGAAUUUUAGCUAGUUAAAGCUAGACUUAAAUCCUUUUUUGCCGCCAAAAAGCCGGCGCUUUUCGCUACUAGUGGGCUAUAACAUAUAGCCUAGUAGUAGCUAAACCAAUCAGAACGCAGCGUUGGUAAUAGACCACCAGUUGGAUUUUACUAAUAUGCAAUAUCCUCUAUACCCGAGGUCGUAAUACAUUCUAAACUCGAUCCCUAUCAUGAAAAACCGCAGAUUCUACGACCACCUUUAUCUCCUUUCCCUGAGCCUUGUCCUCUUAAUUACUUCAAUUUACUGCCACUCAUCGAAAGCAGAAUAACACGAGCUCGACUUAAAGUAUCAAGUUAGUUUAAAUUUUACGUCCAAAUGUUUUUCAGAGAAGUGGAAGAAGAUCAAUACUGGCCCAGUCUGCUUUGGAGCUCGAAACGACUCAUAUGGGGCUUUCAACAUCAGAGAGAGUGGGGUCAUUCAUACCUUUAAACUCGUUCAUCUGAGUGGGUCAAUUAGAUGUAACCACGUAAACCCACCUUCUUAUUGGGGAUGUGACAAUCCCUCGCAUGGAGACAUGAGACUUAUAACCGUCAUAACGUUCAAGAACAGAUCCGCUCUUUUGUUGGCAGAGUACAGCAGAGAAGAUUGUCACUAUUUUUAUAAGAUCGAAGGUGUAGGUAUUAAUGACUCCGAACUUCGAUUUAACAAUCUUCCCUCUGCAAUAUCUGUGUCUCUUGGAGAUGAGUUUCAAAUUUGGUACGGACAAGACUUAAAGGAUUGUUCAGAAUACAAUAACAGCGGUCAGACAUGUGCUGAUGUUUAUGCGUGGUACGCGUGA